AUGGCAGAAGUAUGUUGCGAGAGCGGUGCGAAUGAAGUCCAGUUGAUGGCCCAAGAUCCCGACUACACGGAGCAAACGAAAGAAAUAUUGGAGAAGAAUGGAUUUACGAUCGUCGGACAAUUCGGAGCUGGAGGCUUUGCAGAAAUCGAUGAGGAGUCUGUGGUAUUCUCUGCCUUUGUCGAAGCGCCACUCAAACAAAUCAUCGCCGAUAUCGCACGACCCACCGUGAUAAUUGGUACUACGUUUGGGGCUUUUAACGACAACGAGUGA